AGUGCAAAAAGUGCUUCGAAAAAGAGUAAACCUACCAUGGAUAGAAAGACGAAGCGGCCAUAGUAAACCACGCCAUUAUGAAGAACGAACAUAUGGAUUACUAUAGGGAUUCGCAAAUCUCACAAUUGGUACCGGCUUCGCAGCCGGUACCAAUUGAGGCAUCACCGCCACCGCCACCAAUUGGGGUAUCACCGCCACCGCCACCGCCACCACCACCGCUACCACCGGCGAUAGUACCGGCUGCGGUGACGAUACAAGCAUCGGGCACAGCGGUCCCGGUCCCGGCCACAGAGGCACCGACCCUGGCGCCUGGCAAAAUACUACCAAAGCGAUGGAAACGUGCCGGUCGCCAUCCCUGGCGCGGCGGGCGCGGCGGGCUUCACUACACAAUCAACCAUAUUUACUAUUAAUAUAAUAAAUAAAAUGUAUCAAUAAAAUAUAAAUAUAUAUAUAUAUAUUCA